AGUUAAGCUCAGCAGGCAUCAGGAGAAUAGAGUAGAGAGAAGCUCCCAGCCGUAGGGAUAACCAAGCAAGUUCUGGACCUCCAGGGGGAUGAAUCUCUGCUGCCUAAGCAAGGCUUGACUCACCUCCCCAGGGGCUGCUUGUUCCUUUUGCUGGGGAGAAUACAGGAGAUCUAAAUUUGCUGUGCCACGAUAGCAACCUUCAUCAACAGGUUUGUCAUCUGCAAGUCUCGAGUGGCACGAUAGCUUACUCCCAUAUCAGGUGUGUCUGAAAGGUGUUUGUGUGAACAUGCACUCAAGGCAUUGACUGCGUUAGAGUGUGUCUCCCGGGGUUUGCUGAGGCCACUGUUUACUUGCAGCGUGAAGGUGUGAUUGUAUUUGUGUGUAUGAAACAAGUCACAAGUGCUUAAAGAGUGCGCGAUAGGUGGUCGGGCACCGUGGAGGUCAGAGCCCUGGAUUUCAUAGAGAUGGAAGGUCAUGCUUAUGACCGCUUCGGAGAUGGAGAAAGGGACAGCUACCUCAUUGACUACCGAAGGAUUGUUGGAGACACGGAACCAGCACGGCCACGGCCCUCAAACAGAGAUGGGGAGCAACCUCACCCGUAUGGGGGAUAUGCCCACCCUGUGCUACAUGGACACGGGUAUGAGACAGCAGCCCAGCGAUACAGCGCUACACGUAUUCAAGCUGGGUAUGAACCAGAGAGUGACUUCUUGAUCCUCCCCGGUUUCAUAGAUUUCACUUCUGAUGAGGUGGAUCUAACUUCAGCCCUGACACGAAAGAUUACCCUGAAGACGCCUCUCAUUUCAUCUCCUAUGGAUACAGUCACGGAGUCAUCCAUGGCCAUCGCCAUGGCACUGAUGGGAGGGAUUGGAAUAAUUCAUCAUAACUCCACUGCUGAGUUCCAGGCCAAUGAGGUGCGCAAAGUGAAGAAAUUUGAGCAGGGCUUUAUUACAGAUCCAGUGGUAAUGAGUCCCCGUCACACAGUAGGCGAUGUGUUCGAGGCCAAGCUGCGCCAUGGUUUCUCUGGGAUCCCGAUUACAGAGACUGGCAAGAUGGGCAGCAAGCUGGUCGGCAUAGUUACCUCCAGGGAUAUCGAUUUUCUUUCUGAGAAGGACCAUGACCAACCGCUUGAAGAAGCAAUGACAAAAAGAGAAGAUCUAGUUGUUGCACCAGCUGGAGUCACACUAAAAGAAGCUAACGAUAUACUGCAACGUAGCAAAAAAGGCAAGCUCCCCAUAGUUAAUGACAACGAUGAGCUCGUCGCCAUUAUCGCUAGGACUGACUUGAAGAAGAACAGGGAUUAUCCUCUGGCUUCCAAGGACUCUCGUAAACAGCUGCUGUGUGGAGCCGCCAUCGGUACCAGGGAGGACGACAAAUACAGACUGGACCUCCUCGUGCAGGCUGGAGUCGAUGUUGUUGUCCUGGACUCUUCUCAAGGAAACUCAGUCUAUCAGAUUAACACGAUAAACUACAUCAAGCAUAAAUAUCCCGAACUACAAGUGGUUGGAGGAAAUGUGGUGACAGCUGCUCAGGCCAAAAACCUCAUAGAUGCCGGUGUGGAUGCCCUGAGGGUGGGAAUGGGGUGCGGUUCUAUCUGUAUCACACAGGAAGUAAUGGCAUGUGGACGGCCCCAAGGUACAUCAGUGUACAAGGUCGCGGAGUAUGCCAGACGUUUUGGAGUGCCAGUAAUCGCUGAUGGAGGCAUUCAAACUGUUGGACAUGUGGUAAAAGCUCUUGCCCUGGGAGCAUCUACGGUAAUGAUGGGAUCAUUGCUGGCGGCAACUACUGAAGCUCCAGGAGAAUAUUUCUUUUCCGACGGUGUGCGUCUGAAAAAGUACAGAGGAAUGGGCUCCUUAGAUGCCAUGGAGAAAAAUAACAGCCAGAAACGCUACUUUAGUGAGGGAGAUAAGGUAAAGGUAGCUCAAGGUGUUUCGGGGUCAGUACAAGACAAAGGCUCCAUUCAUAAGUUUGUUCCUUACCUCAUUGCUGGCAUCCAACAUGGCUGUCAGGACAUAGGAGCCAAAAGUUUGUCCAUUUUACGGUCAAUGAUGUAUUCUGGAGAACUGAAGUUUGAGAAGAGGACCAUGUCGGCUCAGAUGGAAGGUGGCGUCCAUGGGCUUCACUCAUAUUCUUUUGUGCCAUUCAUGAGAAGCGGUUUUACUGAAACAGGUGGAAGAGGAAACACCCGAUCGGGACCCAACGUCCCGACCCCAGCAGCUAUGAGCAGAUGCACCGGGCGCAUGUGAUCAGAAUGCACCGCAUGAAGCUCCUGUGACUUCUACACUCUAAAGUUGAAACAAAACUAUUCUGUGACCUUCUGUUCAUUGGUGUCCCAGCUCUGACCCCAAAACAACUGUCUUAAAGUUCAAAGAGCCUAAAAGGAUAGAGCCAAAGAACAGAGUUUUAGAGGAUGGUCACAAACUCUUAAUCUGUUGUUCUCCCUCUCAGGUCAAGGCGUAGAGGGAAUCCUGUUAUUACCUAUUCUGUUGUUCCCUUUCAACAAACUUGUCAUGAUAUAUCUACCGAGCUUGAUAGAGAAGAGUACAGCCAUAUAUUUCCUUGCUCAUUUACUACAUUAACUACCCCACCACCCCUUUUUUUUUUGCGGGAAAUCAAGUAAAUAACAGCGCACAGAGCUUUAAUCACAUACUUUUAGUUCUCUUUCUCUCAUAUAUAUAACAUAACAAGUGAAGUGUGCUAAUAAACACAGAAGAGUAAAAUUCUCAUAAUGUUUUUAGUGCACAGCUUUGUCACUCAAGUCAUUUCUCUGAUGCGUGUCGGUGAGCUCUGUGCUGCUCUGUCGUAGAAGGGACAAGAAAAGCAUCAGCCUUAAUUUAUAAACGAGCACUCCAAAUAGGGAGUGCCUUCAAAAAGCAAUUGACACUCUCACCUGGAACUUUACUCUUUUUUUAAUGUUAUUGCUUGAUUUAAAGGAGAGUAUUCACUGUUUUCUUUCAUCAUUCUCAUUUUUAUUGUCACUAUGCAACCAAAGCUCCACUUAGCUUUAUAGUACAUGCUGUAUUCUCCAAAAAUGCUAUUUUGCAAAAGGUUAUCAUUAAUAACACAGCAGCAUAUAGAAUGGUUGGUUAUUUGCCUUUAUUUCCCAGGCUCAGUAUUAAAAAAAAUAAUAAUAAAGCAAAAAAAGGUAGAUACAGUAAUGGAUUCUCUAGUGUUGCAGUAGAACAAAACCAAUAUUCCACUUUUGAUUUAUUUAUUUCUAAUGAUCUUUACAAAUAUCACUUUUAAAUUAAUUUAAUUUUUCCUUUUUUCUGUGAGGUACUCAGUAUAUUUGGUUUGACACGUAUUACAUGUAUCACUCAGUUUUUAAAAAAAUCAACAAUUAAUUUUCAAUUUUGCCAACAAUUUGUCACCAGUUAAUUAAACUUCUUACUAGUUGACACAUCUUAAUUAUAAAUAAUGCCAUAAAUAACAUCUUUUUUUUGGUCAACCUAGGAAUCAAACUUUCAUUUAAUGUAACUUGUGUCAUAUAGUGGAUGUAUAUGUAUUUGAAUAAAGAUAAUUUUUC